AUGGUUCUUGGCCCUGUGCAGAAUCCUGGCGGUCAGCAGUCACUUCUCAGCAGGCUGCAGGAGUGGGGGCUGAGAGGCCGCACCAUGCAGAAGUGCUUCACACCCCAAAACCUGGCCGUGUGCAAACUUCACUCUGUUACUCUGCCCCGACAGGAGUCCAUGAGCGACAGCCUGCAGACCUGCUACAAAUACCUGAACCAGACCAGCAGGAGCUUCGCCGCCGUCAUCCAAGCCCUGGACGGAGAGCUGCGACAUGCCGUGUGUAUCUUCUAUCUGGUGCUUCGAGCUCUGGACACCAUGGAGGACGACAUGACCAUCAGUCUGGAGACCAAAAUCCCCAUUUUGCAUAAGCUCCACACGUACCUGUACCAGGCGGACUGGAGGUUUACAGAAAGCAAGGAUAAGCAUCGUGUAGUUCUGGAGGACUUCCCCACGAUUUCCCUAGAGUUCAGAAACCUAGCGGCAGUUUACCAGAAGGUGAUUGUAGACAUCUGUCAAAAGAUGGGAGUGGUCGCGGCGGAGUUCUUGGAGAAGCAGGUGGAAUCUCUCCUGGAUUGGGAUAAGUACUGUCUCUGUGCGUCCGGAUUACCGGUGAUCGGUGUGUCCCGUCUGUUUUCUGCCUCAGGACUAGAAGACGCCAUCAUCGGCGAGAAUACAAGACUCUCUGGCUCUGUGGGGCUCUUCCUGCAGAAAACAAACAUCAUCCGAGAUUAUCUGGAGGACCAGCUGGAAGGAAGAGAGUUCUGGCCCAGAGAGGUGUGGAGCAAAUACAGCAAAAAACUGUCGGACUUUGCCAAGCCGGAGAACAUAGUGCCGGCUGUGCAGUGCUUGAAUGAACUGGUGACCAAUGCUCUGCAGCACGUGCCCGAUGUCCUUCUCUACCUGUCCCGGCUGAGGAACCAGAGCGUGUUUCACUUUAGUGCCAUCCCACAGGUCAUGUCUUUGGCCACCCUGGCCUCCUUUUAUAACAACCCGCAGGUGUUUAAGGGAGUGGUGAAGAUCCGCAAGGGGCAGACGGUGACGUUAAUGAUGAAUGCCACCAAUAUGCAGGCGGUCAGAUUCUUCAUGUACCAGUAUACUAAUGAGAUCUACCAGAAGAUCCCCCUGACAGACCCCUCUAACGAAUGCACACAGAACAUUGUCUCCACCAUCAAGAAAUUGAGUCUAUGCAAUGGCCCUCUGGCAUCCCACCACAACUUCUCUCCCAUUUACCUGUCAUGUGUGAUACUUUUAGCCAUCCUCAGCUGGCAGUACCUGAGGACGGUCCAGGCCUCGGAGGAGGUGCACACAGGCCAGUGAUCAUCAUACCUACAUCAAUACAGCCCAACAUAUAGUAGUAACUCCCGCGCGCACACUCCGGAAUUGUAGCUGGUGGUUGGGAAUAGAAGAGAGUCUGUGAUCAAUAUGGUGGCCAAACCUAACUACACUGCAUUUGGAAAGUCUUAAGACAGACCCUUUCACUUUUUUC